AGGAGGCGCGUGGGCAGAAGUUUAGAAAGACCCGCGCGACUGGAGCGCAGCGGCUCAGUUUGACGCAGAAAUGGCUGCGUUUCCUGCGUUUUUACUUUUUUUCACAGCGUUCACGCUUCGUUUGACUCUAACAUCAUGCAUGGAGGUAGAUUUCUGCAAACCUUUUCGCCUUGAGCAUGAAAAGCAUCCGAAAGGAGCGAGUGUUGGUUUCAAACUGAGCGCAUUCAGACAGGACUUCUACCUCCACCUCACACCAGAUUCCACUUUCCUGGCCACUGGCGGCGGAUCUGCAGCAUCCAGGGCUUCAUCUGGCCUCAGGGAAUGCUUCUACUCCGGGGACGUUAACGCAGACCCGGACUCCUUUGUGGCGGUCAGCCUGUGCGAAGGUUUACGGGGGGGCUUCACCUAUAAAGGCAUGGAGUAUUUCAUCACUGCAAGCACCGAGGACACAGCAGCUGAAUAUGGACACAUUUUGGAAAAAACGCACAGGAUCAGCCGCAGAAUGAGCUCCGGGCAUCCAGGGGCCAACUUCCCCAGCAGGUGUGGAGUCACACCCGACACUAACUUCAGCGUUUCCAUGGAGAAAUACAAACACCUGGAUCAGCUGGACGCCGGUGGCUUCACGGAAAGCGUGCUGAAAUCCCUGGGCAGGUCCAAGAGGUUCGUGUCCAUCCCCAGGUUCGUGGAGGUGAUGGUGGUGGCGGAUCAGUCCAUGGUUGCAUUCCACGGGGUUGACCUCGAGCAUUACCUCCUGACCCUUAUGUCAGUGGCGGCCAGGCUGUAUAAACACCCCAGCAUACUGAACUCCAUCAACAUAGUGGUGGUGGGGUUCAUGGUGAUAAAUGAAGCUGACAAGGGCCCAAAGGUUUCCAGCAACGCUGCUCUGACUCUUCGCAACUUCUGCUCCUGGCAGAAGAAGUUAAAUAAACCCAACGAUAAGCACCCAGAGUACUGGGACACGGCCAUCCUGUUCACCAAGCAGGAUCUCUGCGGAGCCACAACCUGUGACACACUGGGGAUGGCUGAUGUUGGAACCAUUUGUGACCCCAAGAGAAGUUGUUCUGUCAUUGAGGAUGAUGGCUUACCCUCUGCCUUCACAACAGCCCAUGAGCUUGGCCACAUCUUUAACAUGCCCCAUGACAAUGUGAAGGCAUGUGAGGAGGUAUUUGGGAAGCUAAAGGACAACCACAUGAUGUCUCCCACACUGAUUCAGAUUGACAGGAGUCGGCCCUGGUCAGUGUGCAGCGCAGCAAUAAUCACAGAGUUCCUGGACAGAGGUCAUGGUGACUGCCUGUUGGACCAGCCUCAGAAGCAGCUCACCCUCCAGGACAGCCUGCCUGGCUCCAGCUACAGCCUGCACCGUCAGUGUGAGCUGGCUUUCGGCCUGGGCUCCAAGCCCUGCCCAUACAUGCAACCAUGUGCUAAGCUGUGGUGCACUGGGAACGUUCGUGGACAGCAGGUCUGUCAGACCCGACACUUUCCGUGGGCUGACGGUACCAGUUGCGUCUACAGCAAAGUCUGCAACAGAGGCGCCUGUGUUGACAAGCACAGCACAAUGAACGUCAAGGUGGAUGGCCGGUGGGGGAAGUGGGGUGGAUUUGGAGACUGCUCAAGAAGUUGUGGUGGAGGUGUUCAGCUGGCCAGGAGAGAGUGUGACAAUCCAGUCCCUGAAAAUGGUGGGAAAUAUUGCUAUGGCCUUCGCAUCAAAUACCGCUCAUGUAACCUCAACGCUUGUCCUGAAACAGGCAAACGUUUCCGCGAGGAGCAGUGUGAGGCAUUCAACGGCUUAAACCUGAACACUAGCAGACUGGGAUCCAGUGUGGUUUGGAUUCCUAAGUAUUCCGGCAUCUCUCCUAAGGAUAAGUGCAAGCUUAUCUGCCGAGCCAAUGGAACUGGAUACUUCUAUGUUCUUUCACCAAAGGUUGUGGAUGGGACGCCGUGCUCCCCUGACACCUCAGCCGUGUGUGUUCAGGGUAUAUGCAUCAAGGCAGGCUGCGAUGGCAAGCUGGACUCUGACAAGAAGUUUGACAAAUGUGGUGUGUGUGGUGGGGACAACCAGAGCUGCAAGAAGAUCUCAGGGAUGUUCACAAAGCCUGUUAAUGGUUAUAACUUUGUGGUGACGCUGCCCACUGGAGCCUCUAAUAUUGACAUCCGCCAACGGGGAUACAGAGGAAUGGUCAGUGAUGAAAACUACCUCGCUGUGAAGAAUCGCCAUGGUAAAUACCUUCUGAAUGGCAACUAUGUAGUGUCAGCUGUAGAGCGAGACCUUCUACUUAAAGGCACCCUGCUACGCUACAGUGGCACCUCUACAUCUGUGGAGAUUCUCCAGGCCACCAGACCUCUGCAAGAACCUCUAACUGUAGAGGUGCUCUCUGUGGGGAAGAUGACUCCUCCCAGGAUCCGCUACUCCUUCUACAUGUCAAAGGAGCAUAAAGAUGAAAAGACUCUUCAGAAAGAGAAAAGCCACAAGCCACAGAACAGUGUCUUGAUCGAUGGCAAAAAUACAGUAAUUAAGAAUAAGGUGAUAGGUAAGAGACUUGUUAGUCACUGGAAAACAGCAGGGUGGGAUUCAUGUACAGUUACUUGCGGAAAUGGUCUACAGAAGCGGUUCGUUCAAUGUCAGAGCACAGAAGGACGUCUUGCAACUGAUUGUGACAUUACUAAAAGGCCGGCAGCAGUAAGAGCCUGUGGGGAUCCAUGUCCAAUAUGGAACGUAGGAACCUGGUCUCAGUGCUCUAAGUCCUGUGGAAGAGGCUUUAAAAGACGUUCAGUGUGCUGCACAACUGAGAAUGGACUUAAUCUGCCAAGAAACCACUGCUCUGGAAAGAAGAAGCCUCAGGAACUGGACCUUUGCAACCUGACAUCAUGUUAGUGCCAAAGAAACUCUAGGGGUUUAUUGAAAUCUUCUCAAAUUAUUGUUACAAUUCCACUGCUGUGUUAAGAGCAAGAACUCUUGAAAACAGUCCGUAUGUGAUGGGGUUUCAGAUACACCACUGUAUUGAAAGAUAUUUGUUUACUAAAGACAAAAAAUGUUAAACCCAUCUGGCACAAAUUUUGAUUUAGUCUACUGUAUUUUUUUUAUUCUGUAUUUUUAUCAGAAUGAUGCUUGUGUCCGCAUGAGUGCAUUUCAUUCCAGACAAUACAGUUUAGUGAGACAUGAGAACCCUACCUUAAAUAAUUUGUCUUAAUGGCACAGGCUGAAAUUUUAAUACCAAAAAUCAGGGUUGGUGAGAUCAACCUCGCUACUUGUCAUGUUACUGGAGAACUGAUGGAACAAUCAUGUAACUGGUCCUUUCUGGUCUUUGUGCAAAUGACUGACUAGUAAAAAUACUCCAACUUAAUGUGA